AUUUACGUGAGACGCCAUUGCGGCGAGGAAGAUGAACGAUGUGCUGAAAACAUAGAACACGUGCCAUUUAAAGUCAAUUAAUCAGUAUUUAGAAAAAAAAACGAGCAAUGGCUUUUCCAUACCUGAUUGGACCAGGUGGUCAACCUUUCAUUAUACAGCAGGUGCCCCUGAUCCAACAACAGGUAUCUGUGAUUCCUCAACAGCAGGUGCUGCCUCAGCAGUCACAGACAGUACCCCCUAAAGUGCCUGAUUACAUGUCAGAGGAAAAACUACAGGAAAAAGCACGAAAAUGGCAGCAAUUACAGUCAAAACGAUACAGUGAGAAGAGAAAGUUUGGUUUUGUCGAUGCACAGAAGGAGGACAUGCCUCCUGAGCAUGUACGAAAGAUUAUCCGUGACCAUGGUGAUAUGACAAACAGAAAGUUCAGACAUGACAAAAGAGUUUAUCUUGGGGCUCUGAAAUACAUGCCUCAUGCUGUGUUGAAGCUGAUGGAGAACAUGCCCAUGCCAUGGGAACAGAUCCGAGAUGUUAAAGUUUUAUAUCACAUCACAGGAGCAAUUACAUUUGUCAAUGAGAUUCCAUGGGUGAUAGAACCAGUUUACAUUGCUCAGUGGGGGACAAUGUGGAUCAUGAUGAGGCGAGAAAAACGAGAUCGGCGUCACUUUAAGAGGAUGAGAUUCCCUCCAUUUGAUGAUGAGGAGCCACCGUUAGACUAUGCUGACAAUAUUUUGGAUGUGGAACCGCUGGAAGCUAUUCAGAUGGAACUUGACCCAGAAGAAGAUAAACCUGUCAUGGAGUGGUUCUACGACCAUAAACCACUUGUAGGCACAAAGUAUGUAAACGGAAGUACAUACAGGAAGUGGAACCUGAGUCUGCCUAUCAUGUCCGUCCUCUAUCGUCUUGGUAACCAGCUACUGACCGAUCUGGUGGAUGAGAACUACUUCUAUCUGUUUGACCUGAAGUCCUUCUUCACAGCAAAAGCUCUGAACAUGGCCAUUCCUGGUGGUCCAAAGUUUGAACCACUGGUCAAGGACAAAGAGUUGCAAGAUGAGGACUGGAAUGAAUUUAAUGACAUCAAUAAGAUCAUCAUUCGUCAGCCAAUCAGAACAGAGUAUCGCAUCGCCUUCCCAUACUUAUACAACAGUCUACCCUUCCAAGUCCAUCUGUCUUGGUAUCACACUCCAAAUGUUGUCUACAUUAAAACAGAGGACCCUGACCUUCCUGCAUUUUACUUUGACCCUCUGAUUAACCCCAUAUCACAUCGACAUGUCUCCAAGAGUUCGGAGCCCCUGCCUGAUGAUGAUGAAGAUUUUGAGUUGCCAGAUUAUGUCCAACCGUUCCUCAGUGAAACUCCUCUGUAUACAGACAACACAGCCAAUGGAAUUGCACUCAUGUUUGCCCCCCGGCCAUUUAACCUGAGGUCAGGAAGAUGCCGAAGAGCAAUUGAUGUCCCUCUCGUAAAAACAUGGUACAGAGAACACUGCCCUGCAGGAAUGCCUGUCAAAGUACGAGUGUCCUACCAGAAACUUCUCAAGUACUUCGUUCUGAAUGCACUGAAACAUCGCCCUCCCAAAGCUCAGAAAAAAAGAUACCUAUUUAAGUCAUUCAAAGCCACCAAGUUUUUCCAGACCACUCAGCUUGAUUGGGUGGAGGUUGGUCUACAGGUCUGUCGCCAAGGUUACAACAUGCUUAAUCUGCUUAUACAUCGCAAGAAUCUCAACUACCUACAUCUGGACUACAACUUCAACCUGAAACCGGUCAAGACACUGACCACAAAAGAGAGAAAGAAGUCUCGGUUUGGUAACGCUUUCCAUCUUUGCCGUGAGAUUCUGCGACUGACCAAAUUGAUUGUGGACAGCCAUGUCCAGUAUCGACUGGGAAAUGUGGAUGCUUUCCAACUGGCUGAUGGAAUUCAGUACGUGUUUGCUCAUGUGGGACAGUUAACGGGGAUGUACAGAUAUAAAUAUAAACUGAUGAGACAGAUCCGAAUGUGUAAAGAUCUUAAGCAUGUCAUCUACUACAGGUUCAACACGGGCCCUGUGGGUAAAGGACCUGGGUGUGGAUUCUGGGCCCCAGGCUGGAGGGUGUGGCUGUUCUUUAUGAGGGGAAUCACCCCUUUGUUGGAGCGCUGGCUUGGCAACCUGUUGUCACGUCAGUUUGAGGGGAGACACUCCAAGGGAGUGGCCAAGACAGUGACCAAACAGAGAGUGGAGAGUCACUUUGAUCUGGAGCUGAGAGCUGCGGUUAUGCAUGACAUUUUGGACAUGAUGCCAGAGGGAAUCAAACAGAACAAGGCGAGGACUAUUCUUCAGCAUCUCAGUGAGGCUUGGAGAUGUUGGAAAGCCAACAUCCCCUGGAAAGUCCCUGGUCUACCCAUCCCUAUAGAAAAUAUGAUCCUUCGAUACGUCAAGGCGAAGGCAGACUGGUGGACAAACACUGCUCACUACAAUAGAGAGAGAAUAAGGAGAGGAGCUACAGUGGACAAAACAGUCUGCAAGAAAAACUUGGGUCGGUUGACUCGUCUGUAUCUGAAGGCAGAGCAGGAGCGACAGCAUAAUUACUUGAAGGAUGGACCCUACAUCACGGCAGAGGAAGCUGUUGCCAUUUACACCACUACUGUCCAUUGGCUAGAGAGUCGGAGGUUCUCUCCCAUUCCUUUCCCCCCGCUGUCCUACAAACACGACACGAAGCUCCUUAUCCUGGCGUUGGAGAGACUGAAAGAGGCCUACAGUGUAAAGAGUAGAUUGAACCAGUCUCAGAGGGAAGAGCUUGGUCUGAUAGAACAGGCGUAUGACAAUCCUCACGAAGCCCUCUCACGUAUCAAACGUCAUUUACUGACACAGCGAGCUUUCAAGGAGGUGGGAAUUGAGUUUAUGGAUCUGUACAGCCAUCUGAUUCCUGUGUAUGACGUGGAACCUCUAGAGAAGAUCACAGAUGCCUACUUGGACCAGUACCUGUGGUACGAGGCUGACAAACGAAGGCUGUUCCCGCCGUGGAUCAAACCAGCGGACUCUGAACCUCCACCUGUGCUGGUCUACAAGUGGUGUCAAGGUAUCAAUAACCUACAGGACGUCUGGGAAACAGGGGAGGGGGAGUGUAACGUCAUGAUGGAGACAAAGUAUGAGAAAAUGUACGAGAAGAUAGAUCUGACGCUGUUAAACAGACUUCUACGUCUGAUCGUGGAUCACAACAUCGCUGAUUACAUGACAGCCAAGAACAACGUGGUCAUCAACUACAAGGACAUGAACCACACAAAUUCCUAUGGAAUAAUCCGUGGACUACAGUUUGCCUCCUUCAUUGUCCAGUACUAUGGACUUGUCUUGGACUUGUUGGUCCUAGGUUUACACAGAGCCAGUGAAAUGGCUGGACCUCCUCAGAUGCCAAAUGAUUUCCUGACCUUCCAGGAUGUCGAGACAGAAUCAGCCCAUCCUAUCCGUCUGUACUCCAGAUACAUCGACAGAAUUCACAUCUUCUUUAGAUUCUCAGCAGAUGAGGCACGAGACUUGAUCCAGCGAUAUCUGACAGAACACCCAGACCCAAACAAUGAAAAUAUUGUGGGUUACAACAACAAAAAGUGCUGGCCCCGGGACUCUAGGAUGAGAUUGAUGAAACAUGACGUCAAUUUAGGCCGUGCUGUGUUUUGGGACAUUAAGAACCGUCUCCCACGAUCAGUGACUUCUAUUCUAUGGGAGGAGAGCUUUGUCUCUGUGUAUAGUAAAGACAAUCCUAAUCUUCUGUUUAACAUGUGCGGCUUCGAGUGCCGAAUUCUGCCCAAAUGUCGCACAACACAUGAGGAGUUCACGCACAAGGAUGGAGUCUGGAAUCUACAAAAUGAGGUGACCAAAGAGAGAACUGCCCAGUGUUUCCUAAGAGUGGAUGAUGAGUCCAUGUCCAGAUUCCACAACCGAGUACGACAGAUUCUGAUGGCAUCAGGAUCAACAACAUUUACUAAGAUUGUGAACAAGUGGAACACAGCCCUGAUUGGUUUAAUGACCUACUUUAGAGAGGCCGUAGUGAACACGCAGGAGUUACUGGACUUGCUGGUCAAGUGUGAGAACAAGAUUCAGACUCGUAUUAAGAUUGGACUGAAUUCUAAGAUGCCCAGUAGGUUCCCCCCUGUAGUGUUUUACACCCCUAAAGAGCUGGGCGGUCUGGGUAUGUUGUCCAUGGGACACGUUCUAAUUCCUCAAUCAGAUCUACGCUGGUCCAAGCAGACAGAUGUCGGAAUCACUCACUUCAGAUCUGGUAUGAGUCAUGAUGAAGAUCAACUUAUUCCCAAUUUGUACAGAUACAUCAUGCCCUGGGAGAGCGAGUUUAUUGAUUCACAAAGAGUGUGGGCGGAGUAUGCACUGAAGAGACAGGAGGCCAACGCACAGAACAGGAGAUUAACCCUCGAGGAUUUGGAAGACAGCUGGGACCGUGGUGUUCCCAGAAUUAACACUUUGUUCCAGAAGGACAGACACACACUGGCGUACGACAAAGGUUGGAGAGUUCGCACAGAGUUUAAAGCCUUCCAGGUAUUGAAGCAGAAUCCAUUUUGGUGGACUCACCAGAGACAUGAUGGAAAGCUGUGGAACCUAAACAACUACAGAACGGACAUGAUACAGGCCCUGGGGGGUGUGGAGGGAAUUCUGGAGCACACACUGUUUAAAGGGACAUACUUCCCCACAUGGGAGGGUCUGUUCUGGGAGAGGGCCAGUGGAUUUGAGGAAUCCAUGAAGUACAAAAAACUGACCAAUGCCCAGAGGUCAGGUUUGAAUCAGAUCCCAAAUCGUCGCUUCACACUAUGGUGGUCACCCACCAUCAACAGAGCCAAUGUAUAUGUGGGUUUCCAAGUACAGCUGGACUUGACAGGAAUCUUCAUGCAUGGUAAAAUCCCCACCCUGAAGAUUUCCCUCAUCCAGAUUUUCAGAGCUCACUUGUGGCAGAAAAUCCACGAAAGUGUUGUCAUGGACCUCUGUCAGGUGUUUGACCAGGAGCUGGAUGCCCUGGAGAUUGAAACUGUUCAGAAAGAGACCAUCCAUCCCCGUAAAUCCUACAAAAUGAACAGUUCUUGUGCUGAUAUUCUCCUUUUUGCUGCCUACAAAUGGAACGUGUCCAAACCUUCACUGCUGGCAGACUCAAAGGAUGUUAUGGACAACACCACCACACAGAAGUAUUGGAUUGAUAUCCAGCUGAGAUGGGGUGACUAUGACUCGCAUGACAUUGAGCGCUACGCUCGAGCCAAGUUCCUUGAUUACACCACAGACAACAUGAGUAUCUAUCCGUCCCCUACAGGCCUGCUGAUUGGUAUAGAUCUGGCCUAUAACCUACACAGUGGUUAUGGUAACUGGUUCCCAGGUUGUAAACCUUUAAUCCAACAAGCCAUGGCUAAGAUCAUGAAAGCUAAUCCAGCUCUGUACGUCCUGAGGGAGAGAAUUCGUAAGGGACUCCAGCUGUAUUCUUCUGAGCCCACUGAACCGUAUCUGUCAUCUCAGAAUUACGGCGAGCUCUUCUCCAAUCAGAUCAUCUGGUUCGUGGACGACACAAACGUGUAUCGAGUCACUAUCCACAAGACUUUUGAAGGGAACUUGACCACUAAACCAAUCAAUGGUGCCAUCUUUAUCUUCAAUCCUCGGACAGGACAGCUGUUCCUGAAGAUUAUUCACACCUCUGUGUGGGCAGGCCAGAAACGUCUUGGACAGCUGGCCAAAUGGAAGACCGCUGAGGAAGUGGCAGCUCUGAUUCGAUCACUGCCAGUAGAGGAGCAGCCUAAACAAAUCAUUGUGACUAGGAAAGGAAUGUUAGAUCCUCUGGAAGUCCACCUGCUGGAUUUCCCCAACAUUGUCAUCAAGGGCAGUGAACUCCAGCUACCAUUCCAAGCCUGUCUUAAGGUGGAGAAGUUUGGAGAUUUAAUUCUGAAAGCUACUGAACCUCAGAUGGUCUUGUUUAAUCUGUACGACGAUUGGCUGAAGACUAUUUCCUCUUACACGGCAUUCUCCCGUUUGAUUCUGAUCCUGAGAGCAUUACAUGUAAAUAAUGACAGGACAAAGGUCAUUCUUAAGCCUGACAAAACGACCAUCACUGAGGCUCAUCACAUCUGGCCGAGUCUGUCUGAUGAAGAGUGGAUGAAGAUAGAAAACCAGCUCAAAGAUCUCAUUAUGGCUGAUUACGGCAAGAAAAACAAUGUUAAUGUAGCAUCCCUGACUCAGUCUGAGAUCCGAGAUAUAAUUCUGGGAAUGGAAAUCUCAGCUCCUUCAGCUCAGCGAGUACAGAUUGCCGAGAUAGAGAAACAGACAAAGGAGCAGUCUCAGUUGACGGCAACAACAACACGUACUGUAAACAAACAUGGAGACGAGAUCAUUACAUCCACUACCAGUAAUUAUGAGACCUCCACAUUUGCCUCCAAGACUGAAUGGCGAGUUCGAGCCAUCUCAGCCACGAACCUUCACCUGAGAACUAACCACAUCUAUGUAUCAUCAGAUGACAUUAAGGAGACUGGCUAUACAUACAUUCUGCCCAAGAAUGUACUGAAGAAAUUUAUCAUUAUCUCAGAUCUCAGAGCUCAGAUUGCUGGUUACCUGUAUGGAGUUAGUCCCCCAGACAACCCUCAGGUGAAGGAGAUCAGAUGUAUUGUGUUACCUCCACAGUGGGGGACACAUCAGACAGUUCACCUGCCCCACCUUCUCCCCAACCACGAGUAUCUCAAGGAGAUGGAGCCCCUUGGAUGGAUCCACACCCAGCCUAACGAGUUACCACAGCUGUCACCGCAAGACAUCACCACACACGCUAAAGUGAUGGCUGACAAUCCAUCCUGGGAUGGAGAGAAAACAGUCAUUAUCACCUGCAGUUUUACCCCUGGGUCCUGCUCCUUGACUGCCUACAAACUAACCCCCACGGGCUGUGAGUGGGGACGACAGAACACUGACACUGGUAACAACCCCAAGGGUUACCUCCCCUCCCACUACGAGCGUGUUCAGAUGUUGUUAUCUGACAGAUUCCUUGGAUUCUUCAUGACUCCCUCUGAGGGCUCAUGGAACUACAACUUCAUGGGAGUACGACAUGAUCCUAACAUGAAGUAUGAGCUCCAGCUGUCCAAUCCUAAGGAGUUUUAUCAUGAGGUUCACAGGCCAUCACACUUCCUCAACUUCAGCUCGAUGGACGAGGCUGACCUCCCAGGGACUGAUCAGGAGGAUCUGUAUUCGUAAAGCUAGACAGACUAGACUCACCCUCCAGGAGAUCUGUACAGAUGUGAUAGAGAACAGUUUUUUUGUGAUUUUACUCCAUCAUAAAUCAUCCUGACAAAUUUAUUUAACUAAACUGUCUAAAAAAAUUGUGUACAAACUAUAACUGUGUUACAGACUUCAUUUUACUUUGUAAAGAUGAACUGAUUCAUUGUUGUGUCGACAUCACUUUCAUUUUGAUUCUUAUUUCUGUUAUUGGACUCGAUGCAGUAUAAAAAAAUAGCUUUAUGUUGCACAGCAAUGUACUUGUAAAUACUGUGGAUAUUUCCUGCACAGGAAAAUAAAUAUGAUUCGUUCGUAGUACUCUUAAUCUGAUAGUACUUGUAUUUAUUAAUAUGGAUUAUUACAGCAUAGAAUUUUUUUUCUUUUCACAUUAAGUAGAGAUGCUAAUUUACAUAUUACUUCUAUGUGACAAAACAUUGUAAAUAUCAUUUGAUUCUUUUCAUGAAGUAUGGAGCACUGUGCUGACAUCUGAAAAAUUGUCUGAUUUUUGGGUGGUAAAUAAAUUUUUAUUCUUUA